AUGAGCUGUACAACACCAACGUCAAACUGUCUCGUCCCGGACACGCAAACAGAAACAGAAGCCAUUAUCGCCGUCACUCGGGGCUUCCUCGCCGCGCUGAACGCAAAGUCACGCGUCGACUUUGAAAAGCAUUGUGUUCGCGCCGGCGGAAUGACUCUCUCACCUCCAUCACCUACAGCUCUUCGAUUCUGCACGAUCGGGUCGUUCAUCGAGUACAUGGCGACGUUGAAAGACGAUAUUGACGAGCGCAUCUGGGACCCCGAGGUCAAGAUUCACGAGGCGGGAAAUCUUGCUGCGGUGUGGGCACCAUUCCGGGCAAAAAUCAAUGGUGUUGUGGACCACGUUGGUGUUGAACUGUUUGUGCUGCAUAAGUUGAAUGGCGAGUGGAAGGUUACUGGACUGGCAGAUUCUUGUCGACGGCCGACUGCCGAGGAGAUGGGGAUGAAGUGA